CUAUUCUCCGCCUCUGAGCUCCCCUGAGAAUGAAAUGAACGUACUAGUGUAUCCCAGCGCCCACCCAGCUGCCCCUUCUCUCGUUCAAACGCUUGCUUCAAUACUCAAACCGCAUUAUCUACCACAGCUGCUAACACAUUCUCAACUAUCCGUACAAGAAUAUCCAUGGCACACCUCUUGUGCCCUCCUCUUACUCCUCUCCCCUCCUACAGAUCAUACAGCUGUCCUUAAAUAUAUCGAGUCCGGAGGUAGGAUAUUAGCGUUUGGUGUUGGCGUCAGAAAAGGUACUCUAUUUAGUCCGAGUCAUGACUUUGGAUCGCUAUCUGCGGGUCUUGGUCUGGGCAUAGUAAAGGACACGACUAUACUCAGAGUCGCUGAUGGAAGCGCGUCCCUCUACAUCUCCUUCUCAACUGCUACCGGAACAAACGCGGAUGUACUGAUAAACGAGACCGCGGUAUCUGUAUCCAGAUUACCCAUGUGUCCUUUGGACCUCGAAGUACGCAUCCUCGGUCGUUAUGUAGAGGGAAAUGUGCCUGCUGGCAUCUUAUCUCAAAACGGCCUUGUCGCAAUGUGGAAUUGUGCCCCUCCCCUUCCCGAUAUCCUGCUGUCACAAUCGCUAUCUGCACUUGGUCUGCGCCUCGCCUCGCAGAGAGCUGAUCCUAGUCUUGAGCCUCACAUUCUGCCCCAGUUUCUUCUCGCUCGUCCGGAUUCGUGGCAGGUGCAGCAUCGUGUCGUAGAGGCACUGCUCGACCAUUUAAAUCUUGGGUCAGUUGUCAGCGAUGAAUCACAACCCAAGGGGGAGUCAUUUGUGUUCGAAGAUGCCAAUGACAAUUUCCACUUCCACUUCCCAUCCUUCCCUUCCGAAGAUAGAAACACAGGUCACCCCAUACUCGAACUCAUUCCACAAAAUUUCCUCUCAAACCCGAAAGUCAAACACGUACUUGUACCUUCAAGGCCCCUCACUUCUGAGGAUGAACGAAUGUACACCCCACAAUUCUCACCAUCGGCCUUCUUCUGCGCCAUAAACGAAUUCCGCUCUAGAAUCAAAUAUACCAGCCAAGGUACAAACCAAGAUUCCUGGCGCAUCGGCGAAGCACUCAUAUACGGCGAAGCAGUCUCCAGCACACAAACAAUGUUUGACAAAAACCCAUCUUUCCUCCGCGCACUUCCCUCUCCCAUCGUCUCCCUCGCUACAGUACAAUUGGCAGGACGCGGCAGAGGCGGUAAUACGUGGCUUUCUCCUGCAGGGUGCUUGCAGAUGUCACUCAAGAUUCGUAUCGGGCUCAAAGGGUCUUCGUCAGUACCAGGCCCAACAAUCCUCCCCUCCAACCUCGUAUUCAUUCAAUACCUCUAUGCAUUAGCAAUCAUCGAUGCAUGUCACGUCCUAAACCCCACCUCUGAAUGGGCCCACAAAGUCCGUCUGAAGUGGCCUAAUGACAUUUAUGGUCUCUUCCCGUCUUCCCAAAACAGCCCUAUAUCAGAUUCAAAGUCAAAACCGGAACCACGGAAAAUUGGCGGGGUACUGAUAAACACGAGUUUUGGCGGUGGUGUAGCAGAUAUAGUAAUCGGAAGCGGCCUCAACGUCCUAAAUGCACCGCCCAUAGCCUCACUUGCCCAACUCGCAUCUACACCUACCCCAGGGCUCUCCGUAGAACGCGUGGCAGCAGCAGUUCUCACCUCCUUUGAGCGCAUAUGGAAUUCGUUUUUGCAGAAUGAGGAACAAGGCUUUCACCCGUUCAUGGAUCAAUACCUCCGAUCAUGGUUACAUUCAGACCAGCUCGUCACACUAACGAACCGGACUCCGCACCAAAGUGUUCGCAUCGUUGGUAUCACUCCCGAUCAUGGGUUGUUGCGUACUGUGCCGAUGGGUGGUGGAGAGUUUAUCGAUUUACAACCUGAUGGGAAUAGCUUUGAUAUGAUGAAGGGAUUGAUAUCGACAAAGAACAGGUAGGAAGGAAGAUCAACAACGUACAGAACUGCUUUAAAAUCAUUGAUCACACUGGUAUACAAAUGACGCCCAACUCGUUUCACACACUUUGUAGUUGAGAUCAAUCCUGGCAGUUCAUAUCGUCCUCACACAACAUACUUGGAUCGACCCUGCUGAGCAGAAUUUUUUUUUUCGCCACAUGAU